UUCUUUAGCUCCGACCAGCAGCCCCACUGUAGUAACGCCCACUACCCCACAUGACCGGGAAAGUGGCUUCAAACUCAGAAAAUACGCAGACGUUUACGCACGGGAGAAGGGGCCGCUCUGGCUGAGGGGCACGUGGUGCUUUUUUUUAUAGUUUUUUUUUUUAAGCCCCAUUUGCGUCAGGUUGUAGCUUUCCCCGAUUAUGUGUGACACUUUUAAAAUCUAAGCUGAUACACUCAUCAAAACCUACCUCGGAAACUGCUGAGUGCGCGCUGGGCGCUUUUGGUGAACAGGUGGCUUAUACGCUGCGGGUUCACAUAGAAUUUUAGCGGGCGAGACGCGCACGGGUCGGAGUUUACUGCUCGCUUUUUUGGACAAGAGAAGACAAGCGUCGAUUUUCUUCCUUGUUUGAGACUUUUGGGGGGGAGGCUGUGAUGCCAGUCGCUGACAGUGACAUGGUAGUGGACAACAGCCACCGGGUACACGAGGAUAAAAACCCAAGUGGUGCCGGGAACGAGAGCGUCCUCUCAGCUUCGCUAUGCAGUCCAGCCGCAGACAUCCUGAAGAACUUUUACCACACCAAACGAGUCGGGAACUACCUGAUUGGGAGGAAGCUGGGAGAGGGGUCGUUCGCCAAAGUUCGAGAAGGUCUCCAUGCUUUGACCGGGGAAAAGGUGGCCGUGAAGGUGAUCGACAAGCGGAAGGCCAAGAAGGACUCCUACGUUACCAAGAACCUGCGGCGGGAGGGCCACAUCCAGCAGAUGAUACGACACCCGAAUAUCACUCAGCUGCUGGACAUCCUGGAGACGGAGAACAGCUACUACCUGGUGAUGGAGCUGUGCCCCGGUGGCAACCUCAUGAACCGCAUAUAUGACAAGAAGCGCCUGGACGAGAGGGAGACUCAGAAAUACAUCCGGCAGUUGGUGCUGGCUGUGGAACACUUGCACAGGGCGGGUGUGGUGCACCGGGAUCUGAAGAUAGAAAAUCUUCUGUUGGAUGAACAGGACAACAUAAAGCUCAUAGAUUUUGGCCUCAGUAACUGCGCUGGUAUCUUGGGAUACUCUGAUCCAUUCAGCACUCAGUGUGGGAGUCCAGCAUAUGCAGCACCGGAGCUGCUUUCUAGGAAGAAGUACGGGCCCAAAGUGGACGUCUGGUCCAUUGGCGUUAACAUGUAUGCUAUGCUGACGGGGACGCUUCCGUUUACCGUGGAGCCCUUCAGCCUCCGAGCCCUGCACCAGAAGAUGGUGGACAAGGAGAUGAACCCUCUACCUCCCUCUCUCUCCACUGCUGCCAUCUGCCUUCUGAAGAAGCUUCUUGAGCCAGAUCCCAACAAGCGUCCCAAUAUCCACCAGGUGAUGGCCGACUCCUGGCUGCAGCUGGCCAAUAAGAACACAGGGGCACCGUAUCUUAACAGGAUCCACAUUGAGGAAAUAAACCACACAGUGUUGCUGCACAUGACGGAGAAAAUGGGCUACAAACACAGCGAGGUGCUGAGCGCCGUCCUCACCAACCGCGCCUGCCACACUCUGGCCGUCUACUUCCUCCUUAACAAGAAGAUGAAGAGACUCUCCAAAGAGUACAGGGAAAUGCAGAUCCAAGAGAAAAAGAAAGGAGACAAGGUGAAAAACGAAUACUUCCAGACUCAGUGGAGGAAGCACGUCGACAAACUCACCAUCCCCCCAAAACAGACACCUGUCUACCUGGCUGUUAGUAAAGGACCCAGCAAGGAGAAGAAGCACAGGACAGGUCUACUGCGUGCCAUAACCGGUGGCCACCGUAACUCACCUCUGGCUCCCCCUGGCACUGUCGCAUCUUCCUCCAUGGAAUAUCUAGAAAUUCAUCCUCUAUUUCCCAACACACCACAGCAACGGAGACGCCUGGGUACGCUGCCCCAGGUCAAUACAAGCCCAGAACACAACAUCCCUGCCCCACCAGCGCCGUCGCCGAUUGGCAUGCACUCAUUUGGUUCCCUCUCCAAAGCUGAGCAAAUUGAAGACACUCCUCCUGCACCUUGGUACAAGUUGACCAACGGGACUUUGUCACCUCCGCGCCACGUCUCUGCCUUCCAACCUGACUCUUCUUACUUAAAAAAGGCCACAAUCCCCAGCCCCCCCGUCCUCAUUGUCAACCCCCAACCAAAGAAGAGCAUCUCGUCAGACUGGUGCGGUUCUGACACUAGCGGCAGUCCCCCCAGCACAGUAGGAAGCCCCUCCGGAGGCUCAGCUUUCAGCCCUCCAAAGUCUGCAUUUAGCCCGCUCAACCCCACCUCAGCAUUCAGCCCCCCUUCUACCGGGGGUAGCAGCGAUCCCGACAGCCCAACACACCGCAGCAAGUUCCCCUCCAUGGGAAUUGGACAGCUCCUAAAAAAGAAGGUCCAGCUGCAGCCAUUCACAUUCCGACCAGAGCAGGUUGUUGAAGAAGUGGUGUCCCCGCCUCCUUACCCUAUGCAGACUCUACUCUGCGCUUCGGGCGCACUGAAGACCCUCUGCUGAGGUUUACAACACAACCGGAAAAAAAAAUAUAAGAAGUCAGACUGAACUCAAGGCCCUUUUCAACAGUUUUUGUAAGUUGAAGUGGUCUUCCAGAGCGGCCUUUAGAACUGUAAACUGACCCUUUAUUGCGACUGAGCCACUUUGAAGAACAGAAAAAUAAAACAAGCAAGGGGUUUGAGUAAGCGUACAAACUACUUUAUCUCUUGUUACUGCUCACAUUGUGUAAUAAGAGGUGGUGACACUGAGAAGAUGAAAUUGGAAACGGAUUCCUAAACCUCGCCGUGUCCCAGAUUCAGAGCGGACGUGGGACAUCACGUAAUAUGAGCCUUGCCAACGUGUACAUACACGCACACUGUAUUAUAACCCGCGUUAAGGGAUAAACUCUUACGUAAUAUUAUUGUAACUGGUGACUAAUUGAGUCACAGACUGAUUUCAUACCAGCUAACAGGCCCCAACUGUAACCCUAACCCUGACUAAACGUGUUCGUGUUUUUGUAUCUGUGAAACUCUGUACGAUACGAUACUCGCUAACUUCCAGCCAGCUGGCACCAUAACCUCAAAGCUGUCUGGACAAAGGAGCUCAGUGCACUAUUCUUGAAAACCAAAACCUAUCAUAGCAACAGUGUUAACCAUCUCUUACCUCACUGCAUUAUUCAUAUGUUAACGUGCGAGCGGCCGCUACUCACGCGGCGUGGUUUUCGCCACAGGUUGUUGCAGUUUUUGAGCACUAGUGCCAUUAGAAUGAAGCAGAAGUUUGUAUGUUCCCAGAGCACAGGCAUUCUGUCACUCAACACUGACUCACAGCUGUAACUUUUUAUAGGUGAAUGUUUCAUGUUUACGACCCGCUGGGAAGCAAAUUGUAACAGUAGUCUUAGUUAUGAGGAUCUCACGGCAGCCUGCCUGCUUGUACUUUUUUGUAAAAAAGAAAAGAUGAAAAAAAAAAAAUAGAUUUAAAGCCUUAUGAAACUGAUCAACCUCGCCAAAGGCUGACAGUAUGGAGGUGGGAAGAAGAAAAAGAAAAAUGAUGUAACAUCCAUGAAAGUGAAUUAAUUCCUUUUGUCUUAAUGCUGUAGUUGGUGCAAUAGUCUUUUAAGUGUUAACUGAAAUCCCGAGUGUUUGCCAAGAAAGUUUUCAGAGUAAUGUGAAAAAUUUGUGCUUGUAAAUAACAGGAUGACUCCAGUGUUCCCGUCACUUAACGCCACGCUGUACGAGGACGCUUUCGAAAAUGUCUGAGUACCUGCGUUCCCCACGCGAAGCCACAAAAAGUUUACAUGCGCACACGAGGCUGACCACUGUUCCGAUCUCUUCCUACGAAACUGAAAAGAUGCAUGCAACGUUUCAUCGAGUCCAAGUGUAAUGUCAACGUUUAGAAUUACGUCUUUGUACUUUUUUUUUUUCCUGGUUGAUACUGAGAUUGUUUUACACUCUGGGGUCUUUUGUAAGAUUUUGUAAUGGAUGAUUUUCUUUGCGUGUCAAGAGAUUUCUAUGCUGUAUAAAGUAUUUUAAAUAUUUAUAC